AUGGCAAAGUCUACGUCGGACCCACAGCGACACCUGUCCGAGCCUGAGCUUACAGAAGACACAUGGAAGCUGUACGAGGACAUGUUCAAGGAUGGCGACAGAGCAUUCAUCAAAGGCUGGGACAAAGACCUGAAUACUUUACUCCUCUUCGCCACACUCUUCUCCGCUAUGGUUACGGCAUUCGUCCUAGAAUCAUACAAGUCGCUCGAGCCGACAUCGGACGAUUCAGCUGAUCUCCGAACCUCGCCGUCAGUACUGUCCAGUACGAACCCUCGUACUGUGGCUGUACGGGUGAAUGUAUUCUGGUUCUCCAGCCUCGUGGCAAGCGUUUCGACGGCAUUCCUCGCUGUCUUGACAAAAGAAUGGCUCAGUGACCUCCUCGAUGGCCGUAAUGAUCCUCACAUUGGCACGCGAGGUCGACGGCUUCAGCAUUGCCACGACAGUGUUCAGAGCUGGAGAUUAUCGCAGCUUCUCCCCUUCCUCCCCUUCCUCCUCCACAUAUCAUUCUUGCUCUUCUUUGCCGGCCUCGUGACGUUCUUGUGGUAUAUUGAUCGCACCGUUGCCAUCUUCGCGGCUGUCCUAGUCUGCGCCAUGACCUUCGUAUAUUGUUGGACCCACGUCCAGUCUAUCCUAAGCCCGAGUUGCCCAUACAAAACAUCCCUCACCUCCCUCAUCCUGUCAUCAGCCGGCUCUCUUUGGACUGUCUUUGUCUGGCAUAUCCCAGCUUUCCUGGCGAAAAUGUGGGUUGUCAUCGCGAUGGUCAGGAGGAGCCGCAAAUACGGGGACCAUCAAUUUGUCCACGUCGCUUGGGAUGUCGUGGUGAUGUCGUGGUUUCGAGGAUGGUGGAAACGUUCAAUCCCUGCAUUACGAGACGCACUCCCCGCGAGCGAGGGAAUUAUGCCGCCGGAAGUCACCGCUCUAGGGCCCGCUAAUAUUUUCCGUCUGCGAGAAGACGAAUUCCUAUCGGAAAACGCGACUCUCUUGAAUGCACGCGCGCUGGCUCGGAUUCUCAUCGUGCUCAGGCAUCCCCGGACACGACUCCGAGUCGACGACAAACGCCUCAGCCUGGCUCUCAAAGAGCUCUGUUCUUUCCCGGCCCUGGUCCGGCACAGGUCCCUGUUCAUCCAUGCGGGUGCCAUUAAACUCCUCACACACCAACUCUCGAACCAAUCAUCCGGCUGCAGCGUUUCUGACUACGGAAGGACCUUGGUGCGCCUUCUGACGGAGGCUGACCACGAAGGCCAUGACGCUCGUACCAUCACAUUCCAUAUCAGAGGGAUCCCAGUUCCAUGGGACAUCCGACUACAACGACUCCCGCGGUACAUUCCCUAUAACUUCCGUCCCGAAGACGCACUAGCUCAAUCAGGCUUGUUCGAGUCUAUGGACUUCAUGGCCCAGCCUCAGGAACAAUCUCCAGCGGGAAUCUCGGACAUCGUGCUAUUCUCGCACGUCCUGAGGUUGCGUCUCGUCCGACAGGUCCCUUCUGGAAUACACAAGGCCUCCGGCGGGGCUGACCUCGGACACGAGGAACGAGUCGGCGACCUCGUGGAGCAGUUCUACGACGAAUUGUUAUCUGCCCGUGUCUCAGGCAUGCUGGCCGCACUCGUUGAUGUUGACGACAACCUCAUAUCACUCGUAAACACCAUCAUCUAUAUCGGCAUGAGUCGUCGAAACUUGAACAUCGUGUCUCGGUUCCGAACCGGAGCCGACAGCAGGUUCAUAUCGAGAUCACUCCAUAUAAUGGCCACGUUGAUCACAAUUCGACCAGACAUGGGGUAUCCUGUUCUGCGUCAGAUAUGCUGGGGUAUAUGGAUGUUGUCGAUGCCUACUUCGAAGAUUUUGUCUGGACUCCUUGUGCCGGUGGUUCAAUCUACCACCGAACUCGCCCCCAGUCUAUCGGAACUCCUCAGACUGGACCGCGAGGGAGAGACAUCAUUCUGCUACGCGGCCUUGGGGCUCCUCGAUUAUACCAUCUGGUGGGAAAUGGAGCAUCAUCACCAACUCCUAUCGGCGAAUCCUACCAGCUUGGGAGUUGAGCUGAAGGAAGCUGCAGAACUACGAGACGCGCUACUCGACAAAUACAUCGCCCUUCUGAACAGUCUCAUGUCGCUGCAGAGCCCAGCAAUCGCCACCAAGGGAAAUCCAUCGCUCAACCCGGAGGGACCCGAGCAGUGGACCAAACAGAUGUUACAGCCGUUCAGGACGUAUUUCAAGUCAAGGGUGGCGACUCGGACGACGGCGCGGCCCCUCCCCGGCAGCGGCGGUGCCGAUGCUGCUCAGGCUGCUGGCGUAUCGCUGCCCAAGCAUAGCUGGGUAAUCCGUUCAUGUCUCCGUCGCGGUAACGAGCAACCCGCGGAACAUGCUACCGCACAUGACAUGUCGUUCAUUGACGACCUACUGCUGCGACAAGACCACAGUAUAGCCCCGAAUCCCGAGACGCUGGUGGCGGACAUCGCCUCCUCCAUCGAAGCCGCAUACAAUAUCGUCACAGAUGCUCAGAAGUACUUGACUAUUCUGUCGCUGAGACAAUCUGCUUGGACCAUCGGCGCAUUUUUGACGUGCCUCGAGGGUCUCCUAACCGAAGCACGCCUCCACCAGCCGGUUCAAGUCGCUUUGCGUUCUUACUUCAAGCGGCAGAACCCCCAAGACGACGAUCAGAGCCACAGCCCAAUGAGAAUGAUCAUGCACUUGGAUUUCACCAUCAGCGGUGAGCUGAGGGGGCAUGCAGAGCAGGAGAGCAGCGGUGGUUGGCCUCCCUUCAACCUGACGGAGGCGUGUUUCAAAGCGAUUCGCGUCGAUCUACACAAUAUGGCAGGCUCCGGCGACAAAUUUUCGAGCCACCGCGGUGACGCGGAUCGCGCAGCAAAUUCCAGUCACCCACCGACGAGUCCCAUUCUCGACAGCCUAGAGGCUGGUGGUGCUACCAACGAACGCAGCAACGUGCCGUAG